AUGCAUAAUUACUCUGGCCCAUCACCUGGGCCAAUGCUACCUCCGGGAGCUCAGCCACUACCCGGAAUGCAAACAGGAUAUCAACCUGGUUUUCAACCAGGAUUUCAGCCUGGAUUUCAACCAGGCUAUCAACCAGGAUAUGCUACUGGAUACCCUCAUCCUCAGCCUGGAUAUCCACCACCAGUGGUACAACAACCUGCGCCACAAGCACCAGGUGGCUGGAUGACUAUUCCGCAAGGGCCUGCAAACUGCCCUCCUGGCUUGGAAUACCUAUCCAUGAUUGAUCAACUCUUGGUCCACCAGAAAGUUGAGUUAUUGGAAGCCUUCGUUGGAUUCGAAACCAACAAUAAAUACACAGUAAAAAAUUCAAUUGGUCAAAAAGUAUACUGUGCUAUUGAAGACAACGACUGCUGCACGCGCAACUGCUGUGGUCCUAUGCGUCCGUUCGACAUGAAGAUCAUGGACAACUUUAGAAAUGAGGUGAUCCACUUGCAUCGACCGCUAGCGUGCGACUCGUGCUGGUGCCCUUGCUGGCUGCAGAGCAUGGAGGUGUCGUCUCCCCCCGGCACCGUGAUCGGCUCCAUCGAGCAGGAGUGGUCCAUAUGCAAGCCCUCGUACGUCAUCAAGAACGCAGCCGGCGACGUCGUGCUGAGGAUCAAAGGCCCUUUGUGCACCUUCUCCAUCUGCGGUGAUGUGGAGUUUCAUGUAUACUCUAAAGAUGGUGAGACGAAAGUGGGCAAAAUAACGAAACAAUGGUCUGGACUAGCGCGCGAGGCUUUCACCGACUCGGACUACUUCGGGAUCACGUUCCCGAUGGACUUGGAUGUGAGGAUCAAGGCAGUCCUGCUUGGUGCAUGUUUCCUUAUUGACUUCAUGUUUUUCGAAAAAUCUGGAAACCAAGAAUCGGAUAGACCUGGAAUGCUA